AGACCAUGGGUAAUCGAUAUAAUAGUAUAAUAUUUUAGAAUAUUUUCAAUGUUUAAAAAAAGAAUAAAUAUUAUGCUAUAUUUUUUAUAAGGAGCAAAUAUUAUAUUUAGUAUAUUUUUUUAAAAAAUUAUUUUAAUAUAUAAUGUACAAUAGCAUUUUAAGGUGUAAACUGGUAAGAAAAAUUGACAUAAUUUUUGACAUAUUAAUAUUUAUUAUUAUGAUUAUUUUACAAAAGUGCUAAAAUGUAUAGUACUCCAAUAGAGCUGCUAUUAGUAAUCAAAUAUUAUUUUAUCAAGUUAGCUUACGCGAGAAGAAAAUUAUUUAUUACAUAGAAAUAAAAGAGUUAAAAUUGAUAUUGCGUCAAAACUUAAAUAAUAUUUAUUUUAAAUGUCUAUAAAAGGAAAAAGCCUCAUUUCAAAUUUUGUCCUAGGCCUCUCAACACAUUGAGCCCUAAGACCAAUCCUAUUUUGCCACCUCAACCAUAAAAUUACCACCUCAAUUGAUAAAGUCCCACCUCAUCUUUUCUGCACUAUAUUAAACUCUUGGCCACUGCUACUUUUGCUGCAGUAAAAUCUACACAAAACUUCAGCAAAAGUAACACUUCAACUAUUAGGCUCUUUUCUUUAUCAAAAUCCACUCAAAUGCUUCCAACCUCCCACUAACAACUCUAAAAUAAACCAAAAAUGAGUACAAAAAAAAAAACCCUAAAUCGCUAAAAAAUUGAGUUUAUUUUGGGUUUGUCCACAGUAUUUUGGUUAUCUUCCCAUUCGGAAUCUUGGUGGUGUGCAUUAUCAUUUUGGUUAUUUUGCCUUAAAGGCACAUCCAGUCCAACAGGAAUAUUACCAUUAUGACAAUGGCAACAUUGCCCAUUAGCUUUGCUUUCAACUUCAUCAUCACUAAUCAAGAUGAUUGGGUACGUAUUGACUACUAACUUUUGGGUUAUCCCUCCUUGGUCGUGGUUAAUAUUUUUGAUUUUGUAGCCCAUUUCACCGAUUAUUGGGCUAAAUUUGCACUCCCUGAUUGUUUUUGUACAGGACAACAUUAUCUCUUGAACCACCUCCUCUACGCAGGGGGUUCAUCUAUUCUCUCGGCCUAAAAGACCUGGGCCAACAAUUCUCUAUGUUGUUCUACCCAAAGUAGUGUCCUGUGAGGACUUGUUCAUCUGUUAUAUGUCCUCCAUUAUAUUCACUUGAGAUCUUCCAUUUGGGUAUUUACCUCUGCUUGGACCAUUCCUCUAGUGUUGGGGACACUCUUUGGGUCCAUACACUGGACCACAGUCUAGGGCAUAAACUGUUUACCUUUGGCAGGAAUUUGAUUAGUUUGGGUUGUGUGGGCCUGAGGCCCUAUUCCCCUAUUCCUUGAUUAUAUUGCAUGAACCUUUUCAUCAGCUUUGUAAUCUCUUGGGUUCGGCGGUCCAUUUCUUCAUGUUGAACCCUCAUCUCCCGUGCAUUUUGCUCUAUCCAAACUUGGAAAUCUCACAUUUGUGCUUUAAAACCUUCAUUAGCCAUUGUAUGGGUAGCUUCCUGCUUGUGAUGCAUGACAUUGCUAUGCCCUUGCACUUGGCCAUUAACUUUCCUGAGUUUCCCCUAACCAGGUAUUCUAGUGCUUGUAUUAGUCUACCCAACAUAUCAAGAUCUAAAAUAGUAUUAACCCUAAACAUAAUAGUAAUGCUAAAAAAUAUGGCAAUGCUCCAAAUGUUACUUUAAAAGAGAAAUGCUACCAACAUUAAUCUCCGUACUCAAAUACAUAUUUUGGAAUAUUUUUUUUCAAAAAAAUAAAAUUCAUAACAGUGUUCGAUAUAGUUACAACAUCAUCUCUAUAAAUUUUUGAAUUGUUUAUAGUGUCAAAAAUAUGUUUGAAUUUUUUUGAACACCUAUGGUAAAUUAGAAUAUUACAAACUUUAUUUUUGAAAAAAAAUAUAUUCUGACAUUUGAUUUUGAACACAAAAUUUAACUAAAAGGUUACCCGCGAGUACCUGCCCCAAAUGGGGGCGAGGGCGGGGGCGGGGGCGAGUAUGAGUUUAAAUGUUUAUACCCGAGUCGAGUUUGGAGCAAGGGCAUGGGAAUAGAUACCCACCCGAUAUGAUAUAUGUAUAUAUUUAGGUUUUAAAAUCAUAAUUAUUACAAUUAAAAUAACUUCAUGCUUUAGGUUUUUUAUUGAUUACAUUAAUGAGACAUUUUAGUUAUGAAAAUGUCUGCAUCGAUUUAUAUUAAUAACCACACUUAAUUGAUAAAUAAAAAUAAUACUUAACCACUUAUUUUCGAUUACCAAUUUUAUUUUACUAACUUCAUCUAUUAUACACACUAUUCCACUUAUGUUUGUUGUUUUAGUAAGUUUUUAUUAGGGCUGUACAAAAAAAUUUGUAAACCGCCUAAACCGAAUAACCCGCCCAAACCGAACCGAAAAAACCGAUAAAAAUUACAAACCGAAAUAACCCGAAAAAAUUACGAACCGCCCAAUCUGUUAAUUGGGCGGGUUGAAAAUAGGUCCAACCCGCCCAAUUAAACCGACCAACCCGACCAACCCGAUUAUCCUUAAUUUUUACAGUAUAAGUUGAGAAAUAUCUUUUUUUUUUUGUAUUCAUUAAUCAAUAAUACUCUUAUAUUAUAUUUUAUUAAAAUAUACUUUUAUAAGUGGGUGAUCUAAUAUACUUUUACUCCCUACUUAAGUCUAGCAUAUAAUUUACACUAAUAUAAGAAAUCUAAUAAAAUCUAAUAAAUUAAAACAAAUAAAUAAAGUAAAUUAGAUAUAAAAUGUAAUUUCUUUUAAUUUUUGCUUAAAAAGUACCAUCCAUGUUUUAAAGCAAAAAUGAAAACUCAUUGUAUUCUAAGUAAAAUAAUAAAAGAAAAAGAAAUGGGUUUCCAUGAGUGAAUUUAGUGAUAUUUGAGAAGAGAGAGAGAGAAGAAGAAGAAGAAGGGAAAAUGUCGUUUACAUUGCGAAGCGUGAAGGUGCCGCCCAAUUCAGCGACCUUGGAGGAAGCUAGGCACCGUGUCUUCGAUUUCUUCAGAACUGCUUGCAGAUCCAUUCCUUCCAUCAUCGACAUCUACAAUCUCGACGACGUCGUCACCGUCUCCCAGCUCCGUUCCACUAUCGCUUCUCAGAUCCGCAAGAACUCUCACUCCACCAAUCCCAAGGUGAUUGAUAUGCUUCUUUUCAAGGCAACAGAAGAGUUGAAUAACAUCUUGGAGCAUGCAAAGCAGCGGCACCAUCUCAUUGGACAGUACGUGGUUGGUCAGCAUGGGCUAGCUCAGGAUUUGAACUUCAAGGAUCAGGCAACUUCUCCUUUCCUCACAAAUUUUUACAAGAGCAACUACUUUUGAACAACUUCCUUUCUUUACUGUUGUUCUCCCAUGGGAAUUUUUUUCCUUGGGGAGUGAAGUUCCUAAAUAAAGAUGUGUUUGAAUUUGCUUUUAUAUAAUUCUGGUGAACACAGACCAUUCAAUCUUCUUCUUCUUCUUUUUGUUUGGUGGUCUCUAAGUGAAAAGCAUAUCCUUACAUUUGAUGAAACCGUUUUGUUUUCCUACAAUACAACCAAUUUUCUGUC